AUGGGGGAUUGGGUAAUUGGAGCGUUAAUCAAUUUGUUAGGAAGCAUUUUCAUCAACUUUGGAACAAACCUACUUAAAUUAGCUCAUGAUGAGAGAAAUUCAAGGGCUAGGAUGAAGCCCAUUAUAUACUUCCAAGCAUGGAGAAUAGGUAUUCUCUUCUUCACAAUUGGAAAUUGUCUCAAUUUCAUUUCAUUUGGUUAUGCUGCUCAAUCACUUCUAGCAGCUUUAGGAUCUAUACAAUUCAUCUCAAACAUCGGAUUCGCCUACUUCGUGUUAAACAAAACAGUGACAAUCAAAUUACUGUUAGCCACUGCUUUUGUUGUUGCUGGAAACAUUUUCCUUGUAGCUUUUGGUAAUCACCAGUCCCCUGUUUACACAACAGAGCAAUUGGGUGAAAAUUACAUAAACAUUGUGUUUCUCGUGUACUGUAUCAGUUUGUUCUUAGUUGUUAUUUUCCAUCAUUCAAUUUACAAAAGAGGAAAAGGGAAAAUGCUGGUUCCAUUUUCAUAUGCAGUUGUUUCUGGUGCAAUUGGAUCGUGUUCAGUAUUGUUUGCGAAGUCUCUUUCAAACAUGUUGAGAUUGUCAAUGUCAUCGAGUGUUGAUGGUGAUGGUGGUGGUGGUGGUUAUUCAACACUGCACAGUGGGUUCACGUAUUCAAUGCUCUUGAUGUUUAUAAGUACAGGUGGAUUUUGGAUGGCGAGGUUAAAUGAAGGGCUAUCGCGAUUUGAUGCAAUUCUUAUUGUCCCUAUGUUUCAAAUUGCUUGGACGUUUUUCUCAAUUUGUACUGGAUUUGUCUACUUUGAGGAAUACAAGGUGUUUGAUGCUUUAAGAACAACUAUGUUCGUUCUUGGAAUGAUUUCUGUGUUUGUUGGCAUUUAUUUGCUAGCACCGGAGGAUGAUGAAGUAUUGAAGGAUGGUUCUUUAGAAGUGGAGAGGCUUUUCAUGCCAUCUGAUCAAAUUAGGGAUAUAGAGAUCAUUUGGACGAGAUAUGCUGAUGAAAACUGCUGA